AUGUACGAACGCGUUGCGCCGGCGCUACUGCCGGAGCCGCAUCAGACUGUACGGGUAGCUGUACGGGGUCCUAGGUACUGGCCACAACUCCUGGACUGGAGCUCUCGGGGGGCUGCGGGCGCUGACGGCACCGGCGCAGCUGCGGCGCUGAACAACACGAUUUAUCGGCAACUACUGCUCUUCGUGAAGAAGCGUGCCGGAUCUCUAAGCUACAGCCAGGACCCGUCAGGAAUUCGAUCCCUGCUGUCUCGCGCCUUCCACAACCAG